GGUCAUCCUUUUUCUCUUCCACCAGGGCACUUGGUCUUUUGGAUAGGAGAUCACGCCGCGGUGGUGCCUAGCUAUAGAUAGGAAACAUACGAUAAAUGGAACACAACUUUAGAUUUUGAUCUUCCAUGGUGCUACUGACCGCAUCCAAGAUAAACUCGUGCCAUCAAAGUAUUGAAUCAUCAUUACCACGACAGUCUGGAUACUAAACCAAAAGAUGAAAGAGAAAACACUUGGAUAUAAAAUCCCGAGCUUGAUCAAGAUCCCCUAUCUCCAAAGAAAACCAAAAAAGACCAUCCCCCUCCUGGCAUUCAGUGAGGACAUUUUAUACGAGAUCUACGAAUGUCUCCCUCUAGUCGACCAAGCAUGCCUAGCACUCAGCUGCAAACGGCUGCUCAGCCUAUUCGGCAAGGGGUUGAAACAAGAAGAGUUCGCAUUCCCUCAUCUUCUGCGUUCCCGAGCACCCAUCCUGUGCGUCAACAGUGCAGAGGUGGUACGCAACCAGCUUCUCCUCCGACUAGAGACAGACACCAGCGCAUACUGCGGGAGAUGCCUGAAGCUGCAUCCUCGGCAUGAAUUCUCUCCAGAGCCGUCUAGUCCAAAGAAAAGAGGUUGGUGGAGGAAAUCCAAGAACAAGACUACAACAAUCCAGACAUCUCAAGCUCUAGAAAAGUCGUGUACAGUCUACGCAGGCAUCCUAGAUAUAUGCCCCUGUACCUCCUUGACGCUUCGAGGUAGGGGCCGUAUCAUCGACCUCCUUCAAUCACCGAGCACACCACUGCAGACUCGAUAUGGUCUGUCCUCACCAAAACCUGAUAUCUACCAUCAUACGCAGGAAUCAUAUCGUCUUCAGAUUCUGUGGACUAUGUCAUACUAUGAUCGUCAAAAGCAUUAGACAAUGUUCCGCAACUCAAUACGUCUAUUCUACCAUACGAAAUCUAGGAG